GGAAGAAUUGCUUCUCACCAUAUGACAGCCUACUGCUUCGACGUUAUUUACGCGACAUUACGCAAUCAUCAGGCGCCCAAAGUUCCUGCUUGUAUACCAAAUGAUAAAUACCCGCUGUUUGUGACAUGGAAAAAGGGUUACGACCGGAGACUGCGUGGCUGUAUUGGCACUUUCAAUAACCUUGUACUACAUAAAGGCCUUCAUGAAUACGCAGUUAUAAGUGCUUUCAAAGAUUCACGGUUUGAUCCAAUUGCACUGCACGAGGUGGAACAUCUGCACUGCGCGGUUAGUAUAUUAAUAAAUUUUGAGAAGGCGCGGAAUUAUCGAGAUUGGAUCGUCGGCGUGCAUGGUAUAAGAAUAGAAUUCCAAGAUGAGCAUAGGAGCCGAGAUGCAGUUUAUUUACCAGAAGUUGCGAAAGAGCAAGGAUGGGACCAUGUAGAGACUUUGGAUAAUCUUAUACGGAAAGGCGGUUUUCGUGGGCCAAUUUCUGAGGAGAUGCGUCUUAGAGUUAAUGUUAUUCGUUUUCAAUCCGAAAAAGUGCACAUGAGCCACCAGGUUAGUGAAAGUUUGCUUUCUUGA